AUGAACUGGUUUCAAUUGAGUUAUUUGAGUGCCAUAUUGGUGUGUUUGUUACCCAACUACUUUGUCACGGCGCAUGUUGUUCCUGGAUUGGAUUCUCUUGACAUUCAAGCAUCGAUUGCCAAAAGAGCUAAUAACUUGAUUGAUCCUGUUUACAGUGACUUGAGUGCACCGGAGUUGGAUUUCAUCAAUUUACAUUUGAAAAAUUUAACCAAUGCCACUGGAUCCGAAUGUUCUCAAUGCAAAAACAGAAUCAAGUUUGGUAAAAAUUUGAUUCAAGAGUACCCCGAUAAGUCUCAUUUGGUUAGUUUAUUACUUUUCAAGCAUUGUUUGAUCCAACAUGAUGGUAAAGAAAGUAAAUGUGAUAACAAUGAUUUCUUUGUCACUACCGAUUCCAAGAAUUUUGAAACUUUUAAUCAAGAUUAUGACUCAGGAGUAGCUUCAGGAGUUGCUGUUAAUUUCUACGACAAUGAUUUUAUUCAAUUGUUGAAGAAUGUUAAUGUGUCCAGUGACUUGGAUUUGGAAUACUAUUGUUUUUUCAAGGGAAAAGGAGCUUGUGAGUUACCCGAGACCAAAGAUGUUGAUGAAUUUUAUGGUAUUCAAAACUGGUGGCCCGCUAAACAACCACAUCAAUAUUUUCAACCAAAUUAUACUAACAAUACCGAGAGAUUUAAUGUGUUGCACAUUACUGAUUUCCACAUUCAGUUAAGAUAUGAAGUAGGUGCAGAGGCAAAUUGUACCUCAACUCCGUGUGCGUUGCCCGAAUCUUACAAUAAAGAAUUGCCUGGUGUUGAGUACAAUUUCACCGAGUAUUACAAAACUUUCAACCCCAAUGUAUCUCUUGCUGAUUUGUCUUUUUAUCCUAAUGCUCAUUACGAUGAAAACAACACUUAUAUUAAAGGUGACUACUAUGAUUUUCCAAAAUAUAGAGGGUGGAAUUUUAAAAAUGUACCUGCUUCUACAUUUGGUGCAUAUCUUGCUGACUCCCCAGAAGUGUUGAUGAAUAAUUCAUUGGUGGAAGUUGCUAAAGCCCACAAGGACAAGAAAUUUGAGUUUGUUGUGUUCACUGGUGAUUUAGUUGAUCACGACGUUAUCCAUUGCUCCCCGGAGGUGACCAAGGAGGCUGAAAUCAAGUCAUUCAACUUGUUCAAGCAUUACUUGGAUGACAUCCCAGUGUUGCCCUCAUUGGGUAAUCAUGAUACUUUUCCCUAUGGACAAAUUUCUCCAUUACAAUACGAUUUCAACAAUUCGUAUCAUUGGAAUGAAGAAUUGAUGGCUGAUUUAUGGAUUAACAAUGGUUGGUUUGAGGAGAAGGACCGCAAUGAGCUCAAGAGUCAUUAUGCUGGGUUCUCGUAUGUUACUGAUCGUGGAUUGAAAGUUAUUGGAUUGAAUUCCAACUGUUAUUAUCAGAAAAACUUGUGGUCGUACAUUGACAUUUCCACUAAUCCAGAUUUGUUUGGUCAAUGGGAAUUUUUGGUGAAUGAAUUGUUGGAAAGUGAAGCUAAGGGGCAAAGAGUAUGGAUAAUGGCACAUAUUCCCACAACUGACUAUGACACUUUGCCAUUACAAUCAAGAAUCUUUGGUAAAAUAGUUGAAAGAUUUUCUCCAUACACAAUUGCCAAUAUUUUCUAUGGCCACACUCAUCAAGAUCAGUUUCAUAUCCUUUACUCAUCCAACUCAUCCCAAAGUGCUGAAGAUAUCAUCAAUAUGUCAUGGGUGGCGCAAUCAAUUACUCCAUUAAGUAAUUAUAACCCAUCAUGGAGAUAUUACGAAGUCGAAAAUGAAAGUUUCAACAUCAUCAAUGCUUACAACUAUUACACUCUUUUGAAUGAGACUUUUACCAACGGAGGUGAUGAGCCAGAUUGGCAAUUUGAGUACUCGGUGAGAGACUUGUAUGAUCCAGAUCACACUUGGCCCGAAGAUGCACCAUUGAAUGGUACAUUUUGGCAUGAAAACGUAUUGACCAAGUUGAAAGACGAAUCUAAUGUUGAGUUUAAUCAAUUGUUUGCUGACAUUCAGUAUAGAUAUGGUCCAGGAGUUCCAACAUGCAAGAGCAAGAAUGGGACCCAAAUCUCCGAUGAUUGUUAUAAUGGGAACUAUUGUGUUAUGGGUAAUUUCUACAGUGACGAUUAUCAAAAGUGUUUACGAGGGGAUGAUUAA